CCGUCUCGCUGGCGCUGCCAGUCUCGGGCGGCAGCGUCCGGCGCGCGGGCGGCUUGGUGGGCGGGCUGAGGGAGAACGGCGCGCGGGUGAGGCGGAAAGAGACGGAGGCGACUAGCAACAGCGGAGACAGGUCCUGGCUCCGGCUCCCGUCGUCAGUCUCCGACUCGCCCGAGGGCCGGCGGCGGUGACCGCAGCCGCCCGGAGCGGGCGACUGGACCCGCGCAGAGCCGGGCGGCGCGUGAGCGGCUGGCGCCGCGGGAGGGAGAGAAACUUAGCCGUACGGGGCCCGGGCGUCAGAAGUCGAGCCGGGGUUUUCUACUUAUAAAAGACAAUGACUACUGAUGAAGUUACCAAGAACAAUGGAGAAAGCCCAGCAGCAGCUGUUGCUGAACAGGGAGAGGAUAUCACCUCUAAGAAAGACAGAGGAGUGUUAAAGAUUGUCAAGAGAGUGGGGAAUAGUGAGGAAACACCAAUGAUCGGAGAUAAAGUUUAUGUCCAUUUUACGGGAAAAUUGUCAAAUGGAAAGAAGUUUGAUUCCAGUCAUGAUAGAAGCGAACCAUUUGUCUUUAGUCUUGGCAAAGGCCAAGUUAUCAAGGCAUGGGACAUUGGGGUGGCUACCAUGAAAAGAGGAGAGAUGUGCCAUUUACUGUGCAAACCAGAAUAUGCAUAUGGCUCGGCUGGCAGUGUCCCCAGAAUUCCCUCAAAUGCAACUCUCUUUUUUGAGAUUGAGCUCCUUGAUUUCAAAGGAGAGGAUUUAUUGCAAGAUGGGGGCAUUAUCCGAAGAAUCAAACAGAAAGGAAAAGGCUAUUCAUACCCCAACGAGGGAGCCACAGUGGAAAUCCACCUGGAAGGCCACUGUGGGGAAAGGAUGUUUGAUUGCAGAGAUGUGGUUUUCAUCAUUGGCGAAGGAGAAGACCAUGACAUUCCUAUUGGAAUUGACAAAGCCCUGGAGAAAAUGCAGCGGGAAGAACAAUGUAUUUUAUAUCUUGGACAACGAUAUGGUUUUGGAGAGGCAGGGAAGCCUAAAUUUGGCAUUGACCCUAAUGCUGAGCUUAUGUAUGAAGUUACGCUUAAGAGCUUCGAAAAGGCCAAAGAAUCCUGGGAGAUGGAUACCAAAGAAAAAUUGGAGCAGGCUGCCAUUGUCAAAGAGAAGGGAACUGUGUACUUCAAGGGAGGCAAGUAUGUGCAGGCAGUGAUUCAGUAUGGGAAGAUAGUGUCCUGGCUGGAGAUGGAAUACGGCUUAUCAGAAAAGGAAUCUAAAGCUUCGGAUUCAUUUCUGCUCGCUGCCUUCCUGAACCUGGCCAUGUGCUACCUGAAGCUCAGAGAAUACGCCAAAGCCGUGGAGUGCUGCAACAAGGCCCUAAGACUGGACAGCACCAACGAGAAGGGCUUGUAUAGGAGGGGCGAAGCCCAGCUGCUCAUGAACGAGUUUGAGUCGGCCAAGGGCAGCUUUGAGAAAGUGCUGGAAGUCAACCCCCAGAAUAAGGCCGCGAGACUGCAGAUCUCCAUGUGCCUGAAGAAGGCGAAGGAGCACAAUGAGCGGGACCGCAGGAUCUACGCCAACAUGUUCACAAAGUUUGCAGCGCAGGACGCCAAGGAAGAGGCCAGUAAAACAGUGGGCAAGAAGACGUUAGAAGGGGCCACCAAUGAAAAAGAAACAGGAAGUCCAGCAACGGAGGAAGGGAGAGCUAAAGACCACGUAUGACACCAUGCAAAGGAGGGAAGAGUCCUAAUGAACUCAGCCCUCCUCCAUGGGCUUUCCCCAACUCAGGACAAAAUAGUGUUCAAUGUACAGUUUGUCAUAGUCUUUGAGAUACUGGAAGCAAAUGGCAAAACCAGUAGCUUCCCAGAAAACCAUACCUUGCUGCUGCCCAGUGCCCUCAAUGGCAUGGGACCACUCUGGGGGCAGAAACAGGUGGCUGCUUGUGUGGAGAGGUGGAGCCAGCGGCAGAAGUCCAGCUCAUUUCAGUUUAGAUCAACUUGCACUGUCCAUUUCAGGGUCCCUUGAGAUAAUUCUAACAAUUUGGAGUUGUCUCCUAGGUUAUACAUGCGAUUGAAUUUCAGUGGCACUUCAAAAACCUAAAAAUAAAUGCUUAAUGAAUUUCUCCUUUCCUUCAGAUGGAUUGGGGGGACAGGAGGAUGAAGUUUUGUUUUUUUAAUCAAUGAAGUGCUACAGAUACAACUAUUAUAUUUUUAACCAACAGAAGCCACAGUAGAGGGGCCUGGUGUCCCCUCAGGUCCACAGCAGUGUCACAGACUUGAAAGCCAGAAACUCACAGGCCACUUGCUGGCAGACUUAACCUGACUCCCUGUUUAGUGAGCCAGCCUCCUCAUGCGCGUGAGUCUCUACCACAGCCAGCUUGUCCCUGAGGAGGAAUUCUGUCAUUCCUAAAACACUCUUCAGCAAUGACGGUGAGCAGACAGAGUGUCUGGGUUAGUUUUCUCUGUUUUGGAUGAAGUUCUGAGAGGCCAAAAUGUGUAAAGAGCAAUCACAGUUGUGCUUUUUUUCCUUCCUCUUUUUCUUUUAGGAAAUAAUGUUGACUGCAGUACCACCCUGUUAGUAUCGCUUAUUCCUUACCUGAUUUCCAUACUAACCCUUGCUAUUAAGAAUGUAAGGCUUGUGUUUAUACCAUCUCUGACCUGGAGUGGACUUACUUACAUAUCCAUAAGAGAUCGACACAGCUUUUUUGUUGUCUUUUAAAAAUUACUGGCCCAUAAACAUUUGUAUGUAUUCUGGUUUGUGGAAUUUAUUUACAACCCUCUCUCACGCAAAAAAACAAAAACAAAAAAACCCUUGACUUUUUACUAGUAGGUAGCUGAAUUUUUAAAAACAAACUCUGUGGAGUUGGAAAAAUAAGUAGUUGCUCUCCUGCAUUAGGGUAUUCCUCACAGACUUGACAGGCAGUGGCUUUCUUUCCCUGCAUUGAGUGCUUCUCUGUUCUGGGGCGGGUUGUAAUAAAGAAUUGAAAAAAGCUUCCCAUGCAGGUGCAUCUAGCUUAAAAUCUCCAAUACCGGGGCACUGAGUUAGGGCAAGUCUUAACAUCUGUACACAUCAUUGAAUUGAAGUCCUUAUGGGUAAACAAGAUUGAGCCUGGCUUCCUAGUCCCACAGCCUAAGAAACACUCUUGGGAAUGCAUUUGGCGACCUGAAGCAUUCCCUUCAACCUGCAGCAUCUCACUUUUUUCAAUCCUAAAGAACACUGGCAAUUGUAUUUUAGUUUUAAUUUUUACGGUGGUUUUCACAAAGCACUUCAAUUAAUUGGGUUAGGGCCCAUGUUAAAACCUAAAAAUAAAGUCCUUUCCUUUUAUACCUGUGUUCUUCUCCACGGAACAAAUGGAAUUAAAUUGUGUUUCUCUGUUAUUGUUAACUAAAAUUCUUUUACAUUCUCAUUUAUGUUUUUUUCUUUUUCCAUGAGAUAUUUCUUUCAAAAGCCCCAAAUCUUACCUAGGAAAUAAGAAAAGCAAAAGUUGAUUUUGCUUAUUUGCUUAAUCAUUUAGUAGUUCUGUUGACUAGAGCAUGACUCCCAUGAGCCCAAAACUGAGAUUUGAUUCUAAAAAGGCCAAUUAGCUUUUUGCAGAAAACAAACAAAAAGUAUCCAAAAUUAGAUUAACCCAGCAACUGUCCCCCAAGUAUGUAUGUGUCACAAUGGGGAGCAGGCAAGAGUGUGGAGGAGAGAGUGGGGAAAGGCUCACAGGUGGGUCUGCGCAAACCGUUAGAAGGCGACCAUCACCACUCAAGAAAAAGAAACUUCACAUAUUCUUGAGGUAAACUCUGAUCUUAAAUUGUUUGUCUAGAAAUCAGCAGGUGUCUUUGAACCAUCUUUUAGACUGCAUAUGGAGUGGGGAUGAAUUAAAAACAAAACUUAAAAAAAA